GACGAACUCUACGCUAGCAUUGGGAAGCCUAUUAGAGACUCUGUUCUUAACGGCUUCAACAAUUGCCUGUUUGCCUAUGGUCAAACAGGCAGUGGCAAAACUCACAGCAUCCUCGGUAACGUGUCUUGGGAUACCAAAUAGGUCAAUAUCUCAUGUCGCUCAGGAAGAGGAAAAGCAUGAAGGUAAACAGCUGUGUGUGACGGUAUCCUUCUUGGAGAUAUAUAAUGAACAACUCCGAGAUUUGCUCGAUCCACAGACGAUACCGGAUGCUAUUGCACUGCAACGACGAUCAUCCCCUAGCGCAUUAAAGCCGCCCUCACCUGGUAAGGCAAGACCAAACACCCCGCCCCCACCAAGUGUAAUGGUUGAUGAGCUCAUCGGCAACACCAAUAAGAAGAAGAAGCUCUUCAUACAUCAACACCCUACCAAAGGGGUCUUCGUGCCUAACCUUACUGAGGCAGCAUGCGGUUCUCUGGACGAAUGCCUGUCGUUCCUCAAUCUAGGGCUUAAGCAACGAGCCACUGCUCAGACCAACAUGAAUAGUCAGAGCAGCAGGAGUCAUAGUGUGUUUACUAUACGUUUGAGGAAGAGGCUCAGCGCGAGCCAACGAGAACAUAGGACGUCAUCGGUGCAUCUAAUCGACCUAGCGGGCUCCGAGAGAACUAAGAGGAGUGGCGCUGUGGGUCAGAGAAUGAAGGAGGGUCAAUCAAUAAACACAAGUCUGUCAGUGCUGGGACAAGUCAUAUCGAAGCUCUCGACCACAAAGGCGAGCUCGGCAUCACACAUUCCUUUUCGACAGAGCAAGCUCACAUAUCUCCUUACUGAUGCUCUAACGGGGAAUAGCCAUACUUGUAUGCUAGCAGCAGUAUCCCCUGCCCGACACGAUCAGGAAGAAACGCUGUCCACUCUGAGGUUCGCAAGUAGUGUGAAGAAGAUAAAGACAGUAAGAGCAGUGCCCUCAGGAUGCAACCUGGGGAGCUCUC